CAUCUAUCGCAGAAAGUCAAAGUUUAAGACCUCAAGUCAUCGUCUACCUUCUUCAUCCAAGGCACUUUGAAAUCCAAAUUUUGAUGUUGAUUUGAGACUCCCUUCCAUUCCAUUCCAUUCCCUUCACUCCCAACCCCGUCUCUGAUAUGGGGCUGCAUCACAGAAAGUUGAUACCAGAUAUCUGUCAGUUAAUUUGUCAUGUGAAGGAUUCCGAGCCUUGUUCAUCAGAUUGCACAGUUUGCCUCAAGAUCUGUUUAACCAAUCCACCCCAAAUUACCUAUGAUUCUCCUCCAUCACCACCACCACAAGUUCCUCCUCUCUACUUAUAUGGUGAUGAAGAACAAGGAAACAACCACAACAUCUCCACCUAUUUGAUCCUCACUCUUGCUCUUCUAAUUGCUGCUUUCUUUAUUGUUUGUUGCCGUGCUAUUUACACCAGGUUUUCCUCGAGGAGGAGGGUAUCUUCAAGGCAGCAAACACAACAGAACCAUGAUGAUUUUCUUGAUGAAGAACAUGGUCCUGUUGUGGACCACCCCAUCUGGUAUAUCCGCACUCCUGGUCUCCAACAAUCAAUUAUCAAUGCUAUCACGGUUUGUAAGUACAAGAGAGGAGAGGGCUUGAUUGAAGGGACUGAGUGUUCUGUUUGCUUGAGUGAGUUCCAAGAGGAUGAGAAUCUGAGACUUUUGCCAAAAUGUCAUCAUGCUUUUCAUUUACCUUGUAUUGAUACCUGGCUGAGAUCCCAUACCAAUUGCCCCAUGUGCCGGGCUCCCAUUGUUAGCAAUCCUGUAACAGCUAGUGUGGUGUCUAAUGUUGUUGGUUCAAGUUCCUUGGAAAAUACCCACAUGGAAGUUUUGGAAAAUAGUGGUGAAACCAGUGGGGGAAUGGAAAGUAGUGCUCCUGAUUCUGAAUUGAGGAAUAGGGAAGAGGAAGAAGGCCAAUUGGAAGUUGAAGAAGGAAUAGGGGUGUGUGAAACUGGAAGCCCAGUUGCAGAGGUGGCAUGCAUUCAUCCUAGAAGAUCUGUUUCUCUGGAUUCUUCUUAUGUUGCAAAUAUCAAUCUUGCUCUAGCAACGGUUCUAUCAGUGGAACCUAAUGGUAAUUCAAAUAGAGUGCUGGGAGGUGUUGAUGACCCUGGUGGUUCAAAGGGGGUUAGUGGAAACGAUUUCCCAACUACUUCUAAAGGUAGCUCUUCUUUCAGGUUAACAAGAUAUCUGCAGGGUGUUCCUAGUUCAAUGAACAGGUCACAAUCCUACAACGGGAAAUACCUUCUAUCCUGGUAUGGCCGCAGUCAGAAGAAGCCAAAUGCUCCUCUGAGAAGCUUUUAAUUGUCCUACUAGCUUAGGCUAACUUGCCAACUAAAAUGUAUAUGUUAACUCUUUACUAGGUGAGAGCUUCAAAAUUUUCUUUAUGCAUCAAGCAAAUUAUGUGAUGCUCAAGUGUACAAUA